CGCACGAUUUCUCGGACGAGUCGUCGUCGUGGUCGAAUUUUCUUAUCCCCCCUGGAAGAAGAAACUGGGCGAGUCCGUGCUAGAGAAAUGGCGGCCGCGCUGGCUCGUUCGAGAAAUUCGUGACCACGCGUUUGUCACUUCCUGUUAUCGAUCGCCAAUUUUCCCUGCCGCGCUUUCCGCCGAAUAAUAUUCUCGCCCAUCCUCGAUCCGGGUAGCAUAAACGCGACCGCUCGCUCGUUCGCUCGCUCUCUUGCACGCAAGAUAAUCGCGUCAUUCCGCGAUAUCGCCCAUAUACGUACAUCGAUGUGUGCGUGAGCGAGCGCGGACGCGUGUGCGUACGUGUAUGAUUGUUGAGCGCGAGUGUAUAUCGUGAGUGUAUAUAUCCAUGACGAUCGACCUCGAGACUGUGUCGGGGCACAUCGGAGCGAUAUCGUCAUUUUCGAUUGUUAUUGCAUUUGUACUGAUGUCAGGGUAAGCCGGAAGGAAUCUCGUGGCCCGUUCCUGCCGAGAUAUCUUCCCCUGCCCACAGAGCCUCAAUGAUGACUGUUGACAAUUGCAGCGAUGUAAAGCCACCUCCAGUGCUCUGGAAUAGAAUGUGACAUGCCCAGCACUCGUGAUAUCGAACGGGCCGAACGUAAUGGGAGAUUUCGCUCGCGAAGAAGAGGCAGCACGAGCAGCGACGUGAAUCGACACAGCUUUGAUGGUGCUGAUAAGCGACACAGACGGCAUGGAAAGAGCAAGAAUUCUGGAAAAAAGAAGAAGAAACGUUCACGCGACAAGUCAUUGGAAAACGUGCCGACUGUAGCUUCGUCGGUCGUUAAACCGUUGGUCGAGUAUUCCGACGUGAGUAGCGAGGAUCUCUCGGAGCCAGAAGCGGGAGAGAUACAAUCGGAAGACAGUCGCGCCAAUAGCUAUACGGAUGGGGAAGUACCUGAAUCGCUCCUUCAAAGGCGGUAUUAUGGCGGUAGUCCGGUACCCCGUACUCUCGGAGCAUCGCCCAUCAGUCUGUCGCCCUCACCACCGGUUCAACAUCGACACGCCAUCAGCAGGCGUUACUCCUCGCCGAACGAGCAACAGCAGCCGACGACGAUGCACGGUGCAACGACGCCGGAAUACGAGGAGGAAUCGAGACGAUACGCUCGACGAAAGGAAAAGAAACACAAACGUGAAAAGAAGAAGAAGAGAAGUCUGAGCCCGUUGUCGAAUUCGGGAAAGAAGAAAAAGAGAAAAUCCAAGAGACAUUCCGACAGCGUAAGCCCGCAUCACGUUGUUGUCGAGGACAUUAUUCUGAGCCCGGAUCAUGAGAAGCAACCAUCAGUCACUGCCGGCACCACAAAUUGGUCGGAAUCUCCGCCGUUGCCAUUGAAGGAUAGCACAUCGCCGAUCUCGCCGGCAACUCCGCAGGAGCAUAGGUGUCCCAGUGACGACGUGGAGCUGGAGAUGUCAAGGCAGACAUCUCGAAACGUAACACCACCGUCACUUCUACCGACACGGCAGACGGAAUCGCCGCACACGCCGCUACUGCCUCCGCGUGCCACGACGCCGGAGAACUUGAAUAAGGUCAUGUCCGCUGUGCCGAAACACGGCAGUCCCGAUCGACAAAAACGCAGUCCCAGUAUUCACGCGAUGCGGCGUACCAGUAUGAGUCCCGCACCCAUUGGUUCGAGCCGCAGAAGACCGCAUAGCCCGAGCCCACCAUCGAGACGCAGAGAUCACAGUCCGCCGCCGCGAAGAAGAGACUUUAGUCCUACUCCGGUGCUCCAUAGACUCAGGCACAGUCCGAGUCCUACCACGAUUAGACGACGAGAGUUUAGUCCAAGCCCCGUAGGCAGUCACAGGCGGAGAACGGACAGUGUCAGUUCUCCUAAGCGCAGAAGACGAGACGAGUCUGAUCGACGCCACCGACAUCACGACAAGGAUAGACGGGACAAGCGGAAAUCGAGAUCGACUAGAAGCCCCACCGGAAGCAGAUUACAUUUGCCUCUGUCUCGGUCGCGGUCCCGCAGUCCGCAAGGAAGAUGGCGAAAGCUGUCUCGUUCGAGAUCGCGUUCGCGCAGGAGGAGUCGCACUCCGAAGAAAUCACGCUCACCCAGCAAAUCUCACAAAUUGUUGAGAAAACAUAAAUCGAAAAGUCCGCGUCCCCGAAUACCUUCUCCUUCCCCUCAUAGAUCGCGAGCUAGGAGUCCGUCGAGCAUCACCGCUCGAAAUCUCCGAGUGCAAGCAAAGAUUAGUGAGACUAGUCUAUUUGCGGAGCUCGUAAAAGAUCGAAACAUGAGAGAAUUGGCGUACAAAAAGUUGCAGGCCGCGAAGGAAAAGGCCGUGAAUCAGGACGAGGUGCAAAUUAUAGAAGGCACCGACGAGAGAGACGACAGCGGCGGCAACGUGUCCUCCGAGAAUAAAACUUCCACUGACAAUAAGGAUAGAUCUAUAAAUCACAAGGAGCAACAAGCGAGGGCUUCAGAGAGCACAGUCGACGUCGUCGAUAUUCCCGUUCCGACGACAAGCGAUGACGGCGCUCUAGCGGGCAAAACACCGCCAUUGCCACCUAUAGGUCAAUCGAUCGCAGCUGCGUCUAAUUCGACGUCUGCGGUGGCGAACCCGCUUGCUCCUCACACAAUUAUACAUACUUCACCCAAUUUAUCAUCAUCAUCAUCAUCGAUGCCAUCCAAUAAUUGUCCGAUCACCAUGUCGCACAGCCCGAAUUUUCCGACUCCCGCCCCAGGUGUACAACCGCCACCACCGCCCCCGCCACCACUGCCGCAAUCCGCCGAGAUUGCGUCGACAGUCUUACCGCAAGUGUCUACGCCUGUCGUGCCCAUGUCGGUGCCGCCAAUUCCAUCAGCGCCGAUUCUACCCAACAUGUCUGUUCCUCCGCCACCCAUUCCGCCGAUUCCUGUUCCGGCGCCCAAUAUCAUGUCCAAAUUCAAUCCACAUAACAAUCUUGUACCACUGAAAUCGGUGGAUCCUCCCAAACCUCCCAUAGUAACAUUCACGACCAAAAGUCUGAAGAGAUUACCAUUGCCACCCGGCAUCAAUCAAAACGAUUUGGAGAGCAUAGAUUCGCCGCCGAGUCGUUCUCCAACCCCUCCCAGCAAAACGCAAUCCAAAUUUUCGACGGCAACUACGCCGAAACCACCGCAGAAGAAGAGCAUCAAGGAUCUGCCGAUGCCACCAGUCGUACCUGGGUCGGAAGAUUUGAGCGGCGAAGACGAUCCGAAUGCGACGCCGCCGCGUUUGAAAAUCGAACGAGUGGCGCCAAAGCCCAAGCUGAAGAGACCGAAAAUAUUAAAGCGCAGAGGAUCGCGAAACUGUCACGCUCCCAUGUCAGCCUCUGGCGGUAAAGAUUGGGGCGAACGAUGCGUCGACGUGUUUGAGUUUAUAGCGCAAAUCGGAGAAGGUACUUACGGGCAAGUGUACAAGGCGCGAGACAAACGAGCCGGCGUGCUAGUAGCCUUGAAAAAGGUUCGCCUGGAAAACGAGAAGGAGGGCUUCCCCGUCACGGCGGUUAGAGAAAUAAAGAUUCUGCGGCAGCUGAACCACAAAAAUAUUGUUAAUCUUAGGGAAAUAGUCACCGAUAAGCAAGAUGCGCUGGACUUCCGGAAGGAUAAAGGUUCCUUUUACUUAGUUUUUGAAUAUAUGGACCAUGAUUUAAUGGGCCUACUGGAAUCCGGCAUGGUGGAUUUCAACGAGAUGAAUAACGCCAGUAUCAUGAAGCAGUUGCUGGAUGGCUUGAAUUAUUGUCAUAGUAAAAAUUUUCUGCAUCGAGAUAUUAAGUGCUCGAACAUAUUGAUGAAUAAUAAGGGCGAAGUUAAGUUGGCCGACUUUGGUUUGGCACGACUAUACAAUGCAGAGGACAGACAGAGGCCGUACACCAAUAAAGUGAUCACUCUAUGGUACAGACCUCCCGAACUUUUGCUAGGGGAAGAACGUUACGGGCCCGCAAUUGACGUGUGGAGUUGUGGAUGUAUCUUGGGAGAAUUGUUUUCGAAGAAACCGUUAUUUCAGGCCAAUGUAGAUUUGAUGCAGCUAGAGAUGAUUUCAAGAGUUUGUGGAACGCCCACUCCUGCUGUCUGGCCUUCUGUGAUAAAACUGCCGCAUUGGCAUACACUUAAGCCAAAAAAGCAGCAUAGAAGACGUCUGAGAGAGGAUUUUGCGUUUAUGCCAGGGCCAGCCUUGGAUCUUCUCGAUAAGAUGUUGGAAUUAGAUCCCGAGAAGCGAAUAACGGCAGCUGAUGCGCUCAAGAGCGCUUGGCUGAAGAAUGUUCAGCCUGAACAGAUGCCAGCGCCGCAGCUUCCAACUUGGCAAGAUUGUCAUGAGCUCUGGAGUAAAAAGCGGAAACGCUUGUUAAGGGAGCAGCAAGAAAGUGCUGCGGCGAAGAUGCCUCUCCUUCCCUUCCCGAAUAAAGGAGGUCCCCACAAGGACGAUCUAUCAGAUGUCGGAGGGUCCUCUAAGCGACUAAAAAUGGAAGCAGGCUAUAAUUCACAUCCGAGCAGGCUUGCGGAAGGUCAUUACGGUGAAGAUAAUUUGUUUAAUCAGAGCGGACCAUACAUAGUGUCUACACCGUCGUACUAUUUUAACAAUUCACCGCCCGUCAAAUCGCAAUCGAAUCUGAAGGGAGAUAAUCAGCCAUCGGAAAUGUGUACCGAAAGUAAUCUCGCCCGGAGGCUGAUGAUUCUUACAAAUUCCUUGAAUCAGGGAAAGCCAAUUCGUGUCGACGAUCUUCUGUCGCUUCGAUCGGACCAGACUGAGAGUGAUCCAAAGGUGGUGCAAUUGUUGGGCGAUCUGCGCGCUGAGCUUCGCCUUGCCGCGAAUGCCCGACCGGGCGGGCAACUAGAUCCGCAUCUUCCCAUACUGAACCCGCCUCUCUUAGAUACGAAUGCGCCGCACGGGCCGGGUAACUUCGACGCGCACGCGGUGUACGCCGGCGACGAUGCCGUCAGUUCCCAUGGGAGGUGGUCGCAGCUGGCCACCGCCGGCGUUCGGAAUGCUCUGUCGGCACUCAUAUCGUACUACGGUCUGGAUAACGUCUACAAUCCCGCCAGCUCUGCUGCCGCGAUCAGCCGAUUACCGCCAGGUAAACCACCUGUGUAGUCAAACCUGGCGCAGAAUCUUUUUUUCUGCCCUCGACUUCCUCGCAGCAAUCCGCGUUCAGCUCGUAAUGAUUUGUGCGAAGUCACCAUGCGGUACAAGAUCUGCGUAUGUGCGUGCAAAAUCGGAAGGGAUGAGAAAGAGAGAGAAAUCUAUAUAAAUACAUCGCUAUUUUUUAAAUUGUACUAGCGAUAGGAAGAAAGGAGAAGGAGAAAGAAAGAGAGAGAAAAAGAUGGUAUCAUUCAUAUCAUCGAUCUGUUUAUAGCCUUCGUUAUCAUCACUUCGUUAAUUAUAAGUGCACGCUCAGUGUAUAAUUGUACGAUACGCGACCAGAUAUUUAGAAUGUACAAGUUCUCUCCCCAAAUGACAAUGAUAUUAUAGCCGUUAUAGUGCACACCUUGAAUUACUAACGAUAUGAUACGAUUGUUUCUCGAAGUCAUCAUUCGAUCGGUCAUGGCGCUGAACGGUGUUCUUCUUUGACAUUUCUUUCCCGCAUCAUAUUAUGAAAGAUCUGUGAUACACAUAUGUAUAUAAAUAUACAUACAUUAUAUCUAUAUAUAUAUAAAUAUAUAUAUAUACUGCGAUUGUAGAAACCUGAAUUUCUUAAAUGGAACUCGAUCUUUCCCGACGCUUGUUCUCAUUCUCCGAUGAAAGAGAAAAGACUUUUGUUCGCGAUACUCGACGCGCGAGAUCUUAAGGAUUUGCAUUCUGUUGUUAUUGUAAUCUCACGAAUAAAAGAGAAAGAGAGAAUUUUAUUUUCAAGAAAAGUUAAGCGAGAUGCGCUGGCAGGAACGCUGGUUGAUUAUAAAUUUGCGUAACAAAAUGGUAACGCUAAGAAAAAAAAAUGUGAAUAUUUAUUUAUUGCUUAAGAUUUUUUAUAUAAGACGCUAGCGCUUAUUUAUUAUAAACAUAUUUACGGUGUACAAUGUACAUACUUAUAUGCUAAGGAUAUACAAUAAAGAUAUCGAUAGAAAAA